GCCGACCCCCAUUUCCCCCCUCCCCUUGGGCCCUUCCUCCAUUUGGCGUCCAUGACGGCUGACAAAUUGACACUGAAGAACGCUGAAAUUCUUCCCCCUCCUCACCGUCUGCGGUCGUCCAUUCAGUUCGAUUCUCUCCACUUCCUACUCAGACGCAUUUGCCGUCACCGCGAACCAACAACUUUUUUCUCACUACACCGCACACACGCAUCACUGCACACCCUUUCUCAAGCACGUCUUUUCUCCCGCUUUCCGUGGAUUCUGGAUCCUGCGAAUUUUGUCCACAGAGCACAGCAGGUGGCCCUUGGACACCGGCCUGUGAGUCAGGCAGCAACUUUGUCCCCGAAAGGCAUCAACUUCUCUCCAUCCGCAUCCCACCCCAGCCAGUGUAGGACCAUUGCAUUUCGUCACCUCUAACCAGUCGGACCACCACUCCUACUCGAGGACUUCAUACUAUCCUUCUUCAACCUUUUCCUUGACGACGACGACCUCGACGUCCAAGAAUCCCUCGGUCAAGGACCAUAGGUGUCGCCAAGUAGUCGAGUGUUUCCUUGUCCUUUCAGACAACAUCACCGUUCGAUCCGGCCUAUCUGGAAUCCAACCCAUCGUGACCCCGGCACCCUGAGCCGCAAUCGGCAUUCCGACUUCGCCUCCUUUCAUAGCCCUCUUGCACCGAAUUGACUCCCGUUUACCUUACCUACACUUCGCCGCCCUCUCACACUCCUUUCGCAAUGGCUUCCACUACCAACAGUGGUUUCCCAACCAACUUCAUCUUGACCCCGCAGCAGCAGAGCCUGCUCUACGCCGCUCUCAACUCCAACAAGCAGCAGCUCGCGAACCAGUCUCCCACCACCAAGGAUAACUCAAUGUCGCCUUCCUCUUAUCAGACGUCGCCGGCGCAGGGCGCCGCCGCCACCGGUUUCCAAGAGUCUCCCUACCUUGACAACUACGACUACGACUUUGGUGACUCGAGCUUCGACUUCGAUGUCAGCACCGUGGGCCAGGCCAAGAUGAUCGGCGACAUCCCUGGUGGCGCUCAAUCGGCCAAGUCAACCAAGUCUGACUCGACUGAGAACGAUGGAAACGACAAGAGAUCUCACCCUGACGACGAUGAAGAUGAGGAUUCUCCUGGCAACGACGCAAAGAGACGCGAGGGUAGCGAGAAGGCCCCCAAGAAGCCCGGCCGUAAGCCACUUACUUCCGAGCCGACCUCAAAACGCAAGGCACAGAACCGCGCUGCGCAGCGGGCAUUCCGUGAGCGUAAGGAGAAGCACCUGAAGGAUCUCGAGACAAAGGUCGAAGAGCUUGAGAAGGCGUCCAAGGACGUUAACAGCGAAAACAGCCAACUCAAGGCAAAGAUCGACCGCAUGACUUCUGAGCUCAACGAGUACAAGACAAAGAUUGCGGCCAUGAGCACCCGCUCAGUCUCCCACAGCAAGUCUCCCAUGGGCUUUGGAAACUCUGCCAUUGGCAACCUCAGCGACGUCAACUUUCAGUUCGAAUUCCCCAAGUUUGGUGUCUUGCCCGGCUCUCAAAUGCCCACCAAGCCGGCGCAGCCUGCAAGAUCCUCCUCAUCGCCUUUGCAAAUGAACGGAAGCAACCCCGUCAGCCCUCUCAACCACACCAAGGACAACAGCCCUGGUAUUAUUGCAGGACUUGACUUUGGUACCAAGGACGACCUGGCCAACUUCACUUCUCUCUUCAGCCCUUCGCUUGCCAAUGGGUCAUUGGGCACCAACACAUCGCGCGCCAGUGUCGACUCUGGUUCUUACACCAUGAACAAUGGCACAUCGACAAGCUCACCAUCAGCGUCAUCCCAGUCAAAUGGAGGCCCCAGCUCGUCUUGUGGAACUUCCCCUGAGCCCUUCACUCAGUCACCGAUGGGCUUCAAGCCUGUUGAUACCAUGACCACCAUCGGAGAGGAGUCAACUGUACAGCAGUCAUUGUUUGCCGGUAUCGACACCAACAAUUUCGACUGGCUUGCCCAGCAGAAUGGUGGCCAAUUUGAUCCCCAGCUCUUUGGCGGAUACCGUGAACCGCAAGAAAAUAUUCUCGCCGCAACUACGUUUGAUGAAAGCUUCUUCAAUGACGCUCUCGAUGCCGACUUCAUUACACCAUACAACAUGGCCCCCAGUCCCAACGUUCCCAAGAAGAAUCUCAUCGAUCAAAUCGACGCUGCUAAGAAUGCAGACGAUGAUGUGGUUAAGGAGGCUGUCAAGGCCGAGAAUUACAACUGCAACAAGAUUUGGGAGAAGCUUCAAACCUGCCCCAGUGUGCAGGCUGGCGAGUUCGAUCUUGACGGCCUGUGCUCUGAGUUGCAGAAGAAGGCCAAGUGUUCAGGUCAAGGUCCUGUGGUUUCCGAAACAGACUUCCAGACUGUCGUCAAUAAGUGGAUGGGCAAGGACGCCGCCGCCUGCUUCUCGAACCAGGAGAAGAACACCCAGGCAAAGGCCUAAAUCAUCAUCUCGACGUCUAAUUGUACAUUGGCAUUCACGAACCCGGCAAUAGGUCAGGCGGCCACAUCAGGAGGCAUAUCUGAGGAAACGGAUGGGACACUUUGGGGAAAGCAGGCGUUUUAAUCACGGACCAAAAACAAAGGGCAAACUCGAGGCUGAAGUUUUGACCCCAACGGCAAAGGCGAAUGGUUGUAUUCAUCCACAUCGGACAUCUAGAGAUGGCCGGGGGGAGAUCUGGUCUAGUGGUCAGGCGGACACCGGUCUGUAUUGUACUUGGCUGGAGACUCCUUCCGAAAGAGAGAUUGAGAAUGGGUAAGGAGGCUAUGAUGAUGAAAUUCCAGGCAAGCUCAAUUGGCUGUCUUUUUCGACGAGAAAGAAGGAACUUUGGUUUUCUGCAGAUGUAAUUGUUUUGCUACAGUAUUCGGCUAGUUUGGUUCGACAAUGACGAACGAAUAAGAGAAUCUCCACAUUGUGUUUAUUUUAUG